AUGACUCAUUAUUAUGUAAAUGAUUAUAUUUUUCAGGUUAAACCGCAGAAGGAAGUUUACUGGAUUCAUGUUUUAUCAGAUGCAUGCAGACUUGCAAUUAUAUGGACCUUUGGAGGAAUAUAUAUGGACACUGAUAUCAUCUCCACCCAACCUAUCCCAUCAGAUCAUUUUUUUGCACCUCAGUCCACAGAUAUUUUUAGCAAUGGUGUGUUUGGGCUUCCUCGAAUACAUUCUUUGGCAUGGGAGUUCAUGGACAGCUUUGUUCAGAACUAUAGAGGUGAAGAAUGGGGCCACCAAGGACCAGCACUUAUAACACGAGUUUUAAAACAUAAAUGCAAAAAUGUUGAAAUUAGUCUUAAGGAAAAUGUAACUUGCGGGACACUAACUUUUUUUGUUCCAGACUGCUUUUACCCAGUUCCGUAUCAUGAAUGGAAGAAAUAUUUCAUACAAUGGGAUACUUUUCCAACUUUCAAUAAUUCAUUUGGUUUGCACCUCUGGAACUUUAUGAAUAAAAAUGGGAAAACCAUGGUACCAGGAAGCAACACCCUGGUAGAACAUUUAUACAGCAAAAAUUGUCCCUGUCUUUAUGAAUUAGAAAGGAAGAAACAUGAAUACCAGAUGUUAAUAGCCUCAAACCAGAUCAACAAAACAAAUGGAGAUCACUAA